AUGUUCAUUGUGGCCUCUGGCUGCCGAUUCUUGCAAGUUCUAAACAGUUUCUUUAUUGCCCUCAUUUUCCUAACUUGGCUCAUCCUCUGCCUUGCGAUUGUUGACAUUGACAGCUUCAAGUUAAGCUCUCUGGAAGAUCUCUCUGAGUUGAAGAAAACCUCAGAUGAAAUAUGGGUAAAUCUCAUGGUUCUUCUCAACUCUACGAGUAGCCACAGAUGGAAAAGAAAAUUGAAUUCGUACGCUCGCCCGAAGAGUUUGACGCCGGAUGAAGAAAAGCCUGAAGGUGGAGGGAUGUCACCUUCAUUUUCUCCGUUUUCAGCACCCUGGGCUCAGCCACACUGUGAAUGUUGUCCUCAUGAAACGGACAAGUUUGGAACAAACUCUAAAUGUCCCACCGGCCGAAAAGGGCCACCAGGCCGCAGAGGAUUCAAUGGAGAAAAUGGAAUUCCUGGAGACAGAGGUCUUGCUGGGCUUAAUGGUAUUGCAGUAAGAUAUGUGCCUGAUGAAUGUAUAGAGUGUCCGAGAGGGCCUCCUGGUGAUGAAGGAGAAGAUGGCCCGAAGGGUCCUCCAGGACCUUCAGGAAAAAAAGGACAGCCAGGUCUCCCUGCUCAGAUGGGUGAACGUGGUUGGCCGGGGCCACCAGGUAACCCUGGUCCUGAUGGAAAACCUGGAAAAAAUGGACCAACAGGGCAUAGAGGAGUUUCAGCCAUAAACUUAAUAUGUAAACCUGGUUCGCCCGGAUUCAAUGGACAACCAGGAGAUCCUGGUCGUCCCGGAAAUCCAGGACAGAAAGGUCCAAAGGGUGAGGAAGGACCAAUCGGUCAAAAAGGACUAGAUGGGCUCCCAGGCAUACCAGGUUCCGACGGCAUUCGGGGUAAAACUGGUGAAGUCGGUUCUCCGGGAGAAGACGUAGGGUACUGUCGAUGUCCAAACCGCGAUGCUAAUCCUGCACAAGGAGCUUCAUAUGCUUUACCAGUACCUCCGUACAUCCAACGAAGAAAGAAAGUUUUCGUUGGUAAAAGCAAAUGGAAGUCUGUUUAA